AAACAAGGCACUUUUCAUAGUGUCCAUGUGCUCUCUGCUCGCUCUGUUUUAACCCUCAAAGUCUUCUUCCCUCUUGUCUGCCUUUGAUCCGUAUAUUCUCUCUCUCUCUCUCUCUCUCUGUCUGUUUGUCCGUCUGUCUGUCUGUCUCCUUCAAAACCCCCAAACAUGUCUGAUUCUUCUCCAAGGCUCUUAUCCUACAAAAAACUCCGAUUCUUAGCCCGAAUCCGACGGCUCCUCCAGCUCAAGGCCGAUACCAAGCGAUACCCACCGUCCGAUCGGCCAAGAGUUUUCGAUAUUGAUAGUCAUCAAAACAUGGAGGAGAGAGAAAGUGAUGAGGGUGAAGAUGGGUUGGUGGUUUUGCAGAGGUCUGUGAAGAAGCUUCACUUUGGGAGGUGGGAAGAGAAGGAAAUGGCGGCGGUGGAGAUAGGGAGGUUGGCUAAAGAGGACUUGAAAAUGAGAAAGUCGUUGGCGGAGGAGCUCGGUGUUGUGCCGCCGUUGGUGGCGAUGGUUGGGGCAGCGGCGGCAGACGGUGCUGGGUGGCGGAGGAGGAGGGUGGCGGUUCAGGCCUUGAUUGAGCUUGCUAAUGGAACUUACACGAACAAGGCACUAAUGGUAGAGGCAGGAUUAUUGUCGAAAUUACCCGGUAACGCGGAUGUUUUAGAUGGGCCAACGAGGCAUGAAUUGGCCCAAUUGCUACUCUCCAUUUCAUCUCUAUCCAACAGCCAAUUCCCUCUCACCUCAACAACAAUUCUCCCAUUUUUGGUUGGGAUUCUGGAGUCUAAUUCAAGUCUUGAAACCAAAGAGGUCUGUUUGGGCACACUAUACAACCUAUCCACCAUGUUGGACAAUGCAGGGACUUUGGCCACCAAUGGGGUAGUCCACACCCUCUUGAGGCUGUCCUCGGUGAAAGAAACUUCCGAAAAAGCCCUUGCAACAUUGGGGAACUUGGUGGUGACAUUGUUGGGAAAGAAGGCUAUGGAAAACAAUCCAAUGGUGCCGGAAAGCUUGAUAGAGAUUCUGGCAUGGGAGGACAAGCCCAAGUCCCAAGAACUUUCCGCGUACAUUUUGAUGAUUUUGGCUCACCAGAGCUCCGUGCAGAGGGAGAAGAUGGCUAACUCCGGAAUUGUUCCCGUGAUCCUUGAAGUGGCUUUGUUGGGUAGUACCUUGGCUCAAAAAAGGGCAUUAAAACUACUACAAUGGUUUAAAGAUGAACGACAAGCAAAAAUGGGGCCUCAUUCAGGGCCACAAACAAGAAGGAUUAAUGUUUUAGGGUCACCAGUUAGCCUGAGGGAGGUGAGUGAAGGGAAAAGAAUGAUGAAGAGUAUGGUGAAACAAAGUCUUUGCAAGAAUAUGGAAACGAUUACCCGACGAGCAAAUGCCAAUGAGGAUUGUUCUUCUAAGCUCAAGGCCUUGGUCAUUAGUUCUAGUUCUAAGAGCUUGCCUUAUUAAGAGACUUUUUGUUUUUUUAACCAAACAUGAUCAAAAAGAGGUGAAGGAAUGUGAAACUUUUUCCAUUCCAUCAAAGUGCACACUUUGUGCAACAACUUACAAUAUUGGUUGUACAUUAUGGUAAAUAAAUAUUUUAUUUUCUCCCAAGGGGGAACAAUGAAAAGAGAAAAUAAAUUCUUCCUUGUUCAACGAUAAAA